CAACUCAUGGGAUGUAGUGGAUGCAGAGUCAGGUUCAACUUUGGCAAGGUGCUCUCCAAAGUCUCGGUGUUUUUUACCAUGGUCCUGAUCUUCACCUACUUCUUCUACUGCCUCACCGGAUUCUGCGAUUCGGCUCCGAGAACUUUAUACAGCCAGCAAGCUUCCGACUAUGACAUUCUGGACAAUCACCGCCGAGUUUCGCCGCGUCUCCUGCCGGACGCACCGUCUCACCGGAACCGCACAGCCUCCGAGGACGCGGCGCAGGUGGAGGCGCCGGGACAGCAGCUGCCUCUCCACAUGCCGGACAGCGCGAAGGAGAGCGCCGAGAGCAACGGCAUCCCCGUGUCCAACACUUUCGGGACCAAGAGGUUUCCGCAGGCGAUUAUAAUCGGCGUGAAGAAAGGAGGAACCCGCGCCCUGCUGGAGUUUCUCCGCAUCCACCCAGACGUGAGGGCGGUCGGUGCCGAGCCUCACUUCUUCGACAGGUUUUAUGAUAAAGGACUGGAGUGGUACAGGAACCUGAUGCCUCGGACUCUGGACGGCCAGAUCACCAUGGAGAAGACCCCCAGCUACUUCGUCACAAAGGAGGCUCCUAGCCGUGUCUGCACUAUGAACUGCCAAGCCAAGCUCAUUGUGGUGGUCAGGGAUCCUGUGACGCGGGCUGUAUCUGACUACACCCAGACACUGUCCAAGAACCCAGGCCUUCCAUCCUUCCAGAGCCUGGCUUUAAAAAACUCCUCUACGGGUCUGAUUGACACCACGUGGAGCGCUGUGCGCAUCGGCCUCUACGCCAAACAUCUGGAGAACUGGCUUCAGCACUUCCCAUUGUCUCAUUUUCUGUUUGUUAGCGGCGAGCGGCUAGUGUCCGAUCCGGCUGGGGAGAUGGGCCGAGUUCAGGACUUCCUGGGACUGAAAAGGGUUGUUUCAGACAAACACUUCUACUUCAACCAGACCAAAGGUUUUCCAUGCUUGAAGAAGCCCGAGGGGAGCAGCAGACCUCGCUGCCUUGGAAAGUCUAAGGGCAGACCCCAUCCCCAAAUCCCCUCCGAGGUCCUGCAGAGGCUCAGAGACUUCUACAGGCCCUUCAACCACCGUUUCUACCAGAUGAGCGGACAAGACUUUGGCUGGGACUGA